UCUACAGUGAUACUAUAAACAGAUACUAUGACUUGAUCACAAAAUAAAGUUGAUCAUGUCGUGUCCAUUCCGCCGAGCGUCCUCACAACACCAAUUUGCAAAUGGCGGCGGUUCCGGUAAAAAGGAGUUUCGGUCUCGGCAGUCGUCAGUUCACCUUCCUGGUCCGGAAGAGGAGGUGGGGGACAGUAAUACCCUCACACUGAAACAUCUGAGCGAGGCGUUGAAACUCUUGACAGCACCGUCGAAUGAUUGCCUCCACGCCGCAGUGACGUCAUUAACGAAGAACCAGGCAGAGCAUUACGACAAAUACGAUUGCCUUCGGCGAUUACCAGAUGACGUCAAAUCCUGUAGAAAUUACGCAUAUUUACAAGAAAUAUAUGACGCGGUCCGAGCUACUGAUAGUGUAAGCACUAAAGACUUUAUGGCAAAAUUAGGAGAAUAUUUAAUUUUAACAGCAUUUUCACACAACUGUCGAUUGGAGCGAGCGUUUAAAUGUCUAGGAACAGAUUUGACUGAAUUUCUAACAACCCUCGACAGUGUACACGAUGUUUUACAUGAUCAGGACGAUAUUCUCAAAGAUGAAUCAACAGAAAACGAAGCGGCUUUCGUUUGUACAACUUCGCACGCUGGCAGAAUACAAUUACACCUAACAACGGAGAGCGAACCCGUCGCAUACUUGCUUGUUGGUUGUUUGAAAGCGAUAGCAAUGCGACUAUACGAUACCCAGACUGACAUAAGACUGAUCAGCUAUUCCAACGAUCCUAGAAGAUUUAGAUAUGAUAUAAGUGCACUACCAUUACAUCAGAAAUUAAAAGAAGACAACUGCGAAGCUGCCAGCGACGCAGUGAGCCUGGCGACAUCAAACAAAGUAAAUGAUUUAAGGAUCGGAGUUGCUAGUUUCUGCAAAGCAUUUCCUUGGCACUUCAUCACUGACAAGCGAUUGGAGCUCGUUCAACUUGGCGGCGGAUUUAUGCGACUUUUCGGAACGUAUCUCUCCUUACAUGGUUCGUCUCUUGGCACUUACUUCAGACUUCUAAGGCCGAGGGGUGUACCGCUGGAUUUCCGUGAGGUCCUUCAAAGAUUGAAUACCCCGUUCACAUUCAGCUUGAAGAUACCUGGGUCAACUUCUCUCGCAGAGGGUCUCGAGAUAAAAGGGCAGAUGGUUUUCUGUUCGGAGUCUGACUCGCUACUUUUUGUUGGUUCGCCUUUCCUUGAUGGGCUCGAAGGGCUGACAGGACGAGGGCUAUUUAUAUCCGACAUCCCAUUACACGACGCUACCAGGGACGUCAUCUUAGUCAGUGAACAGACGAGAGCUCAGGAUGGACUGAGGAAGAGAAUGGACAAAUUGAAAAAUUCAAUAAUGGAAACCAGUAAAUCUGUUGACAAAGAACGGGAGAAAAAUGUCAGCUUACUGCAUUUAAUAUUUCCACCGCACAUCGCGAAACGUCUGUGGCUCGGUGAGAACAUUGAAGCCAAGAGCCACGACGACGUCACGAUGCUGUUCAGUGAUAUCGUGGGGUUCACCUCUAUUUGUGCCACAGCCACGCCUAUGAUGGUGAUAGCCAUGCUUGAAGACUUAUACAGCGUAUUUGACGUGUUUUGCGGGGAACUCGAUGUUUAUAAGGUAGAAACAAUUGGCGACGCGUAUUGUGUUGCCAGUGGACUGCACAGAAAAAUAGAAACUCACGCACCACAAAUCGCUUGGAUGGCAUUACGCAUGGUCGAGACAUGCGCUCAACACCUUACACACGAAGGAAAUCCUAUAAAGAUGCGUAUCGGAUUACACACUGGAACAGUUUUGGCUGGUGUGGUCGGUAAAACGAUGUUGAAGUACUGCCUCUUCGGUCACAACGUCACACUGGCUAAUAAGUUCGAAUCGGGAUCGGAGCCUUUGAAAAUCAACGUCAGUCCAACCACCUACAAGUGGCUAAUAAAGUUUCCGGGAUUCGAAAUGGAGCCGCGUGAUCGAUCCUGUCUGCCGAAUUCGUUUCCCAAGGACAUACCUGGAACAUGUUACUUCCUACACAAGUACACGCACCCCGGGACAGACCCUGAAGCGACACAGGUCAAACACAUAGAAGACGCUUUAAAAGAUUUUAGCAUUGGAAAAGGGAAAUCUACUGAAGUGGAACGUGAAGAAUCAACAUAGUCAUAUAAAUUGUAUGAUAAAGACACAUUCCAGUAUAAAUAU